GGCAAGCGCCUGCGCAUCGCCGGGGCCACCGUGGAGGCCGGGAGCGACGGCUCGGUGCAGGAGGCGCGGGUGCUGGAGCACCGGCCCUUGGAGCAGCUGGCUCUCCUCGUCGCCUCGCCGCUGCGGGCUGGACACAACUACACGCUCCGCAUCCAGUACAGUGCAAACCUCUCUGAAUCCUUCCACGGCUUUUAUAAAAGCAGCUACAGGACGCGGGAUGGAGAACGCAGAGUGCUCGCAGCGACACAGUUUGAGCCGACGGCUGCGCGAAUGGCCUUCCCCUGCUUCGACGAGCCAGCCUUCAAAGCCAGGUUCACAAUUACGAUCAGGAGGGAACCCAAGCACCAUGCACUGUCCAACAUGCCAAUCGUGAAGUCUGUGAAUAUAACUCCCUGGCUUGUUGAGGACCAUUUCGACACCACUGUCAAGAUGAGUACGUACCUCGUGGCCUUCCUCGUUUCGGAUUUCAAGUCCAUCAGCAGAAUAACCGGUCAUGGAGUUAAGAUUUCCGUGUACACGGCGCCAGACAAGAUCGACCAAGCUGACUACGCCUUGGAUGCGGCAGUGAAGCUGUUGGACUUCUACGAGGAUUACUUCAGCAUUCCUUAUCCUUUACCUAAGCAAGAUUUAGCAGCUAUUCCUGAUUUUCAGUCUGGCGCUAUGGAAAACUGGGGGCUGACCACGUACCGGGAGUCUGCGUUGUUGUAUGACCCUGGAAAGUCCUCGGCGUCUUCUAAGCUGUGGAUUACGAUGGUGGUAGCCCACGAGCUGGCUCACCAGUGGUUUGGCAACCUGGUGACCAUGGAGUGGUGGAAUGAUCUGUGGUUGAAUGAAGGGUUUGCAAAGUUCAUGGAGUUCGUGUCCGUCAGCGUUACCCACCCGGAAUUAAAAGUUGAAGACUAUUUCUUAAGGAGAUGUUCGGAUGCCAUGGCAGUGGAUGCACUGAAUUCGUCACACCCUAUAUCCACUCCUGUGGAAGAUCCAGCUCAGAUUUUAGAGAUGUUUGAUAACGUUUCUUAUGAGAAGGGGUCUUGUAUACUAAAUAUGCUGAGGGACUACCUGACUGCGGAUGUGUUUAAAGCUGGACUUGUCCAGUACCUGCAGAAAUACAGCUAUCAGAAUACAAGAAAUGAAGAUCUGUGGAACAGCAUGACAAAUAUUUGCCCUACAGGGGGUACUGAUCAGAAUGAAAUGCAGAGUGAUGGUUUUUGCAGAAGCGGCCAACAGUCGCCCUCCAAUGCCCACUGGACUAAAGGAGAGACUUUUGAUGUGAGGGCCAUGAUGGACACCUGGACCCUGCAAAAAGGCUUUCCCCUGGUGACGGUCACCGUGAGAGGGAAGAACGUCUACCUGCGGCAGGAACACUACGUGAGGGGAGCAGCUUCUCCUUCCUCCACGGGGUACCUGUGGCACAUUCCGCUGACCUACAUUACCAGUAAAUCCAACACUGUUCAGAGGUUUCUGAUGACUACGAAAGCAGACGUCAUCAUCCUUCCGGAGGAGGUGGCGUGGGUUAAAUUCAACGUGGACAUGAGUGGGUAUUACAUUGUGCACUACGAAGGUGAUGGCUGGGAUCGUCUGAUUACCCUUUUGAAAGAGAACCACACGGCAAUUAGCGGCAAUGACAGAGCGAGUCUCAUUAACGACGUAUUCCAGCUCGUGAGAACAAAAAAGCUGUCCAUCUCCAAAGCUCUUGACUUGACUUUGUACCUGAAACAUGAAAGGCAGAUCAUGCCUGUGCUCCAAGGUAUGGAUCAGCUGAUUCCGAUGUACAGGCUCAUGGAGAGGAGGGCUACGGACGGCACAGAGAAACAGCUAAAGGAGUACAUAAUCAACCUGUUUAAAGACCUGAUUGACGAGCAGUCCUGGAGCGACGAGGGCUCAGUGUCCGAGCUGCUGCUGCGGCAGUCGCUGCUGCUGUUUGCCUGCGUGCACAGGUACCAGCCCUGCGUGGACAAGGCCGAGGGCUACUUCAGAGAAUGGCAGAAAUCCAACGGGACCCUCAGCUUGCCAGCCACUGUGAAGACAGCGGUGUACGUUGCUGGAGCGCAGACACCCGGAGGGUGGGAUUUCCUGCUCGGUAAAUACACACUGCACUCGUUCAGCGUAGACAGGAUGCACAUGGAGUUAGCGCUCAGCCUCGGUGGAAGCAAGGACCGGCUUCAGUGGUUGAUGGAUCAAGGUCUGCGCGGUGACAUCGUAAGGACUCAGGAUCUCCCAUCCAUUAUUGUGUUUGUGGCCAAAAACCCAUCCGGCUACCAUCUGGCUUGGACGUUUUUAAAAGAAAACUGGGAUACAAUCGUAGAAAAAUUUGAGCUCGGUUCGAGCUCCGUAGCGAGUGUUGUCACUGGAGUGACGGGUCGGUACUCGACGAGGGCACAGCUCGCAGAG